UCAACAUCAUCGCACCACGUGGCCAUGCUUUGCCGCUGGCGCCAUGACCUCGAUUUUUUCCUGGGACGUUCACGGCGCGAACGCCGGGAACGCCUUCCUUCCGGGCGUCGGUGAAGACAUCGACAGCGACGUCGGGGGCUCUGGAGGUUGCGCCAAGUUGGCACAUGGAGAGCUGAUCUCUGUGAACUUUUGGGGCAUUUGCGACAUCAAAUACGACCCCCGCAAUCGAAAGGGCGAACGCAUCCGCGUGUUGGAACUGGGCGACGGACGCAGUUCGCGCUUCUCACAUCAUGGCAGGUACAUCAAGGAGAAAUUUGACUCGAGGUACUGCAUGGUGCGUGCGCCCAUCAAACGUGCGGUCAUGACGGAGAACAAAAAGUUCACGCAUGACAUGUUCGUUCAGGAGGGAUUUGCCAGUCUGCGACCGCCCACGGUUGCCUAUGAACGGCGUUACACGCCCAGCUUGGCAGGUUCCAUCCUGAAAGACUUGGAAAUCCCUCGCGGCGGCGCGGUGGUUUUGAAGCUCUGCAAUCGCUCCCGCGGUGCGGGCGUGGUGGUAGUCACCGAUGCAGAACUCGACAACGUUUUGCAGAAGUUGCUGCUGCCCCCGGAGAACCUCGAGGACUGGCUCGAAGAGAAGCGAACUGCCAAAGAUCUCCUGCAGGA